AUGCCUCUCCUCGCUCUUAACGAAAUCGAGCACAGUCAUGGGACUGUUCAGCUAAUUUCGGAAAACGGAAUUCUGCAGCAUAAAGAGGGAUCCUCAAUUGUUUUGGUUCCACAACCCACUCAUAAUGAUCCCAAUGACCCGCUGAAUUGGCCCUAUAUCAAAAGGGUUGCAGCAUUCUGGUCUGUCCUUCUUUUGUCUGGCUUGUGUAACUUCGCCAUCACCGGCAUCGCCCCAGGCAUCGGACAAGUCAUGAUGGAAUUUGGUUGCACUCUCACAGAAGCUACCUGGUUGAUCUCAGCUUGCCUGUUGGGCAAUUUUUGGGGUUGCUAUUUUCUUGGUCCUUUCGCGCUCAAGUACGGAAAACGCCCAGUCUGGCUCUUCUGUGUUGUAUUCUUCUUUGUUUGCAACAUCUGGGCUGCCACCGCCAAGUCGUUCGUUUCUUUGCUACUGGCAAGGUUUUUUGCGUCGUGGGCAGCUGGGACCAGUGAACCACUCAGUGUCGGCACUGUGGAUGACCUCUUCUUCCUACACGAAAGAGGAGCGCAGACUGGAGUUCAAGCUGUUUGGCUCAGCUUGGGCAGCUCGCUAGCUCCAGUCAUCUCCGGUCAUUUGAUUCAAGGUGCUGGGUGGCGCUGGUUUCAAUGGCUUACCGCAAUAUUGGGCGGGGUCAACGUGAUCUUGAUCUUCUUUCUCACUCCAGAGACUUCAUAUCCCAGAGAUCUACACCAAGCACUUGAUGUGGCCGGAGUCGCUGAGCACGUUGACGGAGUGCCAGAGCAUAAGACAGAGCAUACGACAUCUCACUUCCCCGAUUCCAAACCAAUUACCAACGUGGUGCAGAGUCCCUCGGCUUCUGACAUGCCCACAAUAGCAAAGAGAUCUUAUGUGAGCGAGCUAAAACCGUGGUCGCCAAUUCAGAAAGACGUAAAUCUCGUGGGAGCUUUCGUCCGACCCUGGGCUACCUGGGCUUAUCCAAGUGUCAUCUGGGCGGUCUUGUCCUUUUCGAUUCAUAUCUGCGCUGUGGUAGUCUUGAUCACUCUCAUUCCGGUAUAUAUGGGUGCUCCACCCUACAAUUUCAGCAUCGGUCAGCAGGGGUUGGUGUUUCUGAGUCCUUGCAUCGGAAAUCUGCUCGGCUCUUUCCUCUGUGGAUAUCUGAACGACGGAUUGGCCAGAUGGUCUAGUCGACGUAAUGGCGGGGUGUUCGAGCCAGAAAUGCGUCUGCCAGUAGUCCUGUUCCCGGCACUCCUUGUUCCGACCGGCCUUCUCAUGUUUGGACUUGGUGUCCACAAUGGAUUGCACUGGAUUGUACCUACCAUAGGUGCGGGCCUCAAUGGCAUUGCUCUGACUGGAAUAGGAUCAGUUGCUCAACCUUAUAUGAUGGACAGCUAUGCUCCAGUCAUUUUUGAUUGUUUAGUGAAUUUCAACGGCUUCAAGAAUGUGGUAUCUUUCGGCAUGGGGUUUGGCGUGAUUCCUUGGCUUGUCCAAAAUGGAAUAGUGACAGUCUUUUGCAUUAUUGCCGGAUUGGUAUUCGUCAUUGACGCUGGUGCUCUCCUCAUUUACAUUUAUGGUAAACAGCUUCGAGAGAGAGAUUCUCGACUCAAGAUCUUUCUCUUCUAG